UGCGACGUUAGCGGGAGUUUCGGGAGUUUUGCGCGCGUUGUGCUUCAAGGUGGUACCGGGUUUGUGACCAGGAGCGGCUUUGUGUCCUGUGGAAAAGUCAAACGUAUUUUCUCAGUGGCCAAGUUUCAUCUGACGUCGCCGACAUGCACGUGAUUAAGCGAGAUGGACGCCAAGAGCGCGUCAUGUUUGAUAAAAUCACCUCUCGCAUCCAGAAGCUUUGCUACGGGCUAAACUCAGACUUUGUGGAUCCGGCUCAGAUUACGAUGAAGGUGAUCCAGGGUCUGUACAGCGGCGUCACCACCGUGGAACUCGACACGUUAGCAGCAGAAAUCGCCGCCACUCUCACAACUAAGCAUCCUGAUUAUGCCAUCCUUGCUGCACGAAUCGCUGUCUCAAACCUGCACAAAGAGACGAAGAAGGUGUUCAGCGACGUGAUGGAGGAUCUGUAUAACUAUGUGAAUCCCUUGAAUAGGCGCCACUCUCCCAUGAUUUCUAAGGAGACUCUCCACAUUGUCUUGGAGAACAAGGACCGCCUCAACUCAGCCAUCAUUUACGAUCGAGAUUUCUCCUACAACUUCUUCGGUUUCAAGACCCUGGAGCGGUCCUACCUGUUGAAGGUCAAUGGGAAAGUGGCAGAACGACCGCAGCACAUGCUCAUGAGAGUAGCUGUUGGAAUCCACGAAAAAGACAUCGAUGCAGCCAUUGAAACCUACAACUUGCUUUCAGAGAAGUGGUUCACUCACGCAUCGCCAACACUCUUCAACGCAGGAACCAACAGCCCACAGCUGUCCAGCUGCUUCUUGCUGGCGAUGAAAGAUGACAGCAUUGAAGGAAUUUAUGACACCCUGAAGCAGUGCGCGUUGAUCUCCAAAUCUGCAGGAGGAAUCGGUGUGGCGGUCAGCUGCAUCAGAGCGACAGGGAGCUACAUCGCUGGUACCAACGGCAACUCAAAUGGGCUGGUACCUAUGCUACGAGUGUACAAUAAUACGGCACGCUACGUCGACCAAGGUGGGAACAAGCGACCCGGCGCCUUCGCCAUGUACUUGGAGCCAUGGCACUUUGAUGUCUUCGACUUCCUGGAGCUGAAAAAGAACACUGGGAAGGAAGAGCAAAGGGCCCGAGAUCUUUUCUAUGCCUUGUGGAUUCCUGACCUUUUCAUGAAGAGAGUGGAGAGCAACCAAGACUGGUCUCUGAUGUGCCCACAUGACUGCCCAGGACUGGAUGAGUGCUGGGGGGAGGAGUUUGAGGAGCUCUACACCAGAUACGAGAAGGAGGGCAGGGUCAAACGUGUGGUUAAAGCUCAGCAGUUGUGGUAUGCCAUUAUUGAGUCCCAAACAGAAACUGGCACACCCUACAUGCUGUACAAAGAUGCCUGCAACAGGAAGAGCAACCAGCAGAAUCUAGGAACCAUCAAAUGCAGCAAUCUGUGCACAGAAAUUGUGGAAUACAGCAGCCAUGAUGAGGUGGCAGUGUGCAACCUGGCAUCCAUCGCGCUCAACAUGUAUGUCACCCCUGAGCGGACUUAUGACUUUAAAAAGCUAGCUUAUGUUACCAAAGUAAUUGUCAGAAACCUGAACAAGAUUAUUGACAUUAACUACUACCCAGUACCUGAAGCUCGACUCUCAAACACACGCCAUAGACCGAUCGGGAUCGGUGUUCAAGGUUUGGCAGAUGCCUUCAUCCUGAUGCGGUACCCCUUUGAAAGCCCUGAGGCGCAGCUGCUGAACACUCAUAUUUUUGAGACCAUCUACUACGCUGCUUUGGAGGCGAGCUGCGAGCUGGCUGCUGAGCACGGCCCCUAUGAGACGUAUCCGGGCUGUCCAGUCAGCAAGGGGAUCCUUCAGUACGACAUGUGGGGGAAGACACCCACGGACCUGUGGGAUUGGAAGCUGCUGAAGGAGAAAAUUGCCCAGCAGGGUGUGAGGAACAGUCUGCUGCUGGCUCCGAUGCCCACAGCUUCCACCGCCCAGAUUCUUGGCAACAACGAGUCAAUCGAAGCGUACACCAGCAACAUCUACACCCGCCGGGUCCUCUCCGGAGAGUUCCAGAUAGUGAAUCCCCACCUCCUGAAAGACCUGACUGAGAGGGGGCUGUGGAAUGAGGAGAUGAAGAACCAGCUGAUCGAGCACAAUGGAUCCAUCCAAGAUAUUAACGGGAUUCCGACCGAUCUGAAGCAGCUGUAUAAAACUGUGUGGGAAAUCUCCCAGAAGACCGUACUCAAGAUGGCGGCAGACCGUGGGGCAUUUAUCGACCAAAGUCAGUCAUUGAACAUCCACAUCUCCGAGCCCAACUAUGGCAAACUGACCAGCAUGCACUUCUUUGGCUGGAAACAAGGGCUGAAGACGGGGAUGUACUACCUGCGGACCAAACCGGCUGCCAACCCCAUCAAGUUCACGCUGAACAAGGAAGCGCUGAACAAGGAAGUGCUGAAAGAGGCGCAGGAGGUCAAAAAGCGCAACACCGCCGCCAUGGUUUGUUCGCUGGAGAACAGAGACGAGUGCAUGAUGUGCGGCUCGUAAGCGUGGACGCUGGUUGCUCGUUGGGCGGGGACAUGUUGGUGUCAGGUCGUCACAGACAUGGUGCGACUUCAGCAGAUGCUUUUGCGGCGAUAGUUCCAGGAUUAUUCUCUGCUGAAUGUGUGGAAGAGUUUUAAUGUUGUUCAGUAGAGACGCCGUAUUUGUUGCAGGAAACAGAAGCACUCUGUGGCGCGCGGCCCUCUGCCACGUUCACUCCUCUUUUCAAGGUAAUUUGCACAAGUAUUUUCAGCGCUUCACUCUUUUAAUUCCAGAGCGUUUUUUAAAGCGUCCCUUCCAGACUCUUUAUAGGCAGAAAAAUUUUGCGAAUUAGUCUUCUGGCCUUUUUUGGGGGGGGGGCACAGGUUCGGUUUGACAACUCCUCUCUGUUAAAUCAUUUACUUUUACUUUGGUGUCUACCAGAUGUGUAACUGCUAUUUUUUAACCUCCAUGGAGGCCCUGUUUCUGAUGAGAUGUGAAAACUAAUAAACUUGUUUUUUUAACUGAG